CACAACGCCAGUGAUGAGUUGACGACGAGAUUAUAGAUUUCAUGAUUUAAUGGGUUGAUUUUUGUUCUACCUUUUUCUCCCCUCCCCACCCCCCUCCCGUGUCUCUACAAGCGCUGCAUAUAUAUUCUGCAUAUAUCUCUCUUUCGCUUUCCCUGCGUCACGCGGGUCACUAUGAAACCAGACGAUUUCGAUACUCGGUCUGUCAUCUCCAUGCAGGAAUUGGAGCCUUCACCGGUGACAGAUGAAGGCCCUGAUCUAGAGAAUGGCAAUUUAUUCUCCGAAUCUGAAAAAGCUAUAAUGUCACCGCAAGGAAAUGGAAGUGGAUUUUUCGGCCAGAAGCUCGGGCUGCGGGGACACAGCUGGGAUUCAUGGUUAUCUGCAAUUCAGAAAUACUCGACAUAUCCGCCAACGCUGUUUACCGUAUUGCAUUUCGCCAACACUUCCCUAAUUCCGCUAGCGACCCGCUCUGUUGCAGACAGUGAGAGUUAUCUACUUCUCACGAGAGAGUUCUACCAAUCGCCGCCGUUAGAACAUCUUGUCAUCACCGUUCCAAUCCUCACCCACAUUGCUUCGGGACUCGUGCUCCGGAACAUUCGUGCGUCUCGUCGGGCCCGGUUAUAUGGCGCGGAAACGCGGUCUCAGAGAUAUUCGUUGAAAUUUUGGCCUCGCAUGACGCUACAAGCUCGCUUGGGUUAUCUUCUGGUUCCUCUCCUUGGUACUCAUGUUUUGGUCAACCGUAUAACACCGAUUAUGGUUGAAGGAGGAAGCUCAGGUGUUGGUUUGGGAUACGUCGCACAUGGUUUCGCUCGCAGUCCUGUCUUCUGGAACAUAUAUUAUGGACUUUUUGUUGCUGCGGGUGUGUGGCACAUUGUUGGAGGCUGGGCUUCAUGGAUGGGAUGGAGAGCCACCACUGUCCGGAGAGAACACCGCAGCAAGGGCUCAUUAGAAGGGCAUUUGGGAGAGGCCGAAGUAAACGCGCAGCGGGACAGGAGACAGAGAAGGACAAGGUGGAUGGUCUAUGGCAUGGCUGCUAUCGGGACCGCCGUCUGGCUUGCUGCAAAACCGGCUCAGAGUGCCGACCAAUUGGUGCAGCAUGACAGCGGGCAAUACAAGGCAGUGAAGGAAGGGUUGGCAUCUAUUUUGACCCCGCCAACUCAGAGCAAGACUCAGACAAAAGAUGCCAGGCCAGACAGACCAGACCAUGAGGUUCAGUCGGUAUUUUACAACCCGAUCCAGCAGUUCAACCGGGACCUAAGUGUUCUCGCAAUCAGAGCCUUUGGUGAACAUGUGCUAGCGUCGAAGAAGAAAAAAGCGGAGAAGCGAAAGCAGAGAGUGACGGGGAACAAGAAAGGCACAAAGCGAAAGAGGGAGGAGGAGAUCGGCCUGGAAGAGAAGCAGGAAACAGAAGAUGUGCAGGAAAGCAAAGUCGCCGAAAACAAUGAACCAGUCGCAGAAUCGCAUCCAGAACAGAACACCCCGCCGUCAUUUACUAUCCUCGAUGCUCUGUCUGCCACCGGGUUGCGUGCUUUACGAUAUGCCUCGGAAAUCCCGUUUUCCACAUGUGUUGUGGCCAACGAUCUCUCACCCUCGGCGAUUCAGUCGAUGAAGACGAACGUCGAAUAUAACGGGCUUGGGAAGAAGAUUCAACCCAACAUAGGCGACGCACGUGCUUAUAUGUACAGCUGCAUUAGCCCCGGAAGUAGCAACAGCCAGGGAACCCACACGGGAAAGUUUGACGUGAUUGAUCUGGACCCCUACGGAACUGCAGCGCCGUUCCUGGAUGCGGCAGUACAGGGUAUCAAGGAUGGGGGUCUUCUCUGCGUGACCUGCACCGAUGCUGGUGUCUGGGCCUCGAAUGGUUAUCCCGAGAAAUCAUUUGCUUUGUAUGGAGGCGUUCCAAUCAAGGGAGGCCAUUCGCACGAAGGCGGACUGCGUCUUAUUCUACAUGCACUCGCGACAUCUGCUGCGAAAUACGGACUCGCCAUUGAACCACUCCUUUCUCUGUCGAUUGACUUCUACGCGCGCGUUUUUGUUCGCGUACACCGGUCUCCACACGAAGUUAAAUUCACAUCAGGCAACAUAAUGCUGGUUUACAACUGCGACUCAGGUUGUGGAGCAUGGUCCACACAACUACUGUCAGCGACAAAACAAAGAUUGGACAAGAAAGGGAACCCAUUCUACCAUUAUGGCUUUGCUCAAGGGCCCACCGCAGGUCCGCACUGCUCACACUGCGGGAUCAAGACGCAUUUGGCAGGGCCAAUGUGGGCUGGUCCACUUCAUAACCCCCAUUAUAUUCAGAAAAUCCUCGACAUGCUUCCUGGAGCAGACAAGGAGAUAUACCAGACCAUUGACAGAAUUGAGGGCAUGCUGACCACAGCUCUUGAGGAAGAUCUGGACCUUGCCUCUUCUUCUACUACCACCUCGGAGCAGCUCGAUGCCGAUGUCACUAAAAAAGAGAAUGAUAAUAAGCCCGCUGAGCCGUCAGCUAUCAUCCCGCGCCUCGACCCCGCAGCCCAGGAACCGUAUCCCUUCUACAUGAACAUCAGCUACUUGUCAAAGGUGUUGCGCACAUCGACAAUGCCCGUCGACUCGUUUCGUGGGGCUCUUCGUCAUCUCGGCUACCGCACAACCCGUAGUCAUGCAAAGCCGAAUACCAUCCGCACAGACGCUCCUUGGGAAGUAAUAUGGGAAGUCAUGAGAGAAUGGGUUCGGCAAAAAUCCCCCAUUAAAGAGAGCUCUCUCAGUCCCGGCUCCCCGGGGGCAGCCAUCAUGGCAAGAAGCCGGGAAAACCUUCGCAGGUUUGAUGAACAGGACCAGCUGCUAGCUUCACUUAAGAGUGAGAUAUUGUCUGCCGUGGAAAGUGGCAAGGAUGCGAGUGAUCUGGUGACCAAGGUUGAAGCGGCCUUGUACCGGUCUGGGUCCAGACAGGCAUCAAGUAAAGCCGUCGAGGGCGAGGCCGAAGCAGGAGCUGCUCAAAAGCCAGCAACGACUUCUUCCACUGCCACACCGCAUCCUAGCACCUUGGAGGUCAUAUUCGAUGAGGCUUUGGGCAGGGAGGCGUCUGCAGCCAACACGAAGAAACGACUCGUUCGCUAUCAGGUGAACCCUCGAGCAAAUUGGGGUCCUCUUAGCCGAGCCAGUGCAAGCUGA